GGGGGCGGAGCUAAGCACUGAAUGAUUCUCACCCUCAGAGAUGCUGGCUGCUCCCUCCUCCCUUCACUAGGGAGGUGUGUGUCCUCAGCCCAGCUGUGUGUUCGGCAAUGUCCAGAGAGCUGAGGAGAGGAGCCUGCACACAGACAUCCAGGGUGCAGGAAAAUCCAUUACACCGGGUUCUCCUCCACAGCUGAAAAGCGACCAAUUGCCGUGCGGGGGUGUGGAUGCUGCCAUCGUGAGUGCCAUCUGCAUACGAGGAGGGUACACGCUGACAAGCCACUGAGGCCCCCGGGCUCCCCACUACUAGGGCUCAGGCAGCUUGCUGGGUGUGUGUGAGACAAUGGGGGCCGGUCGGUGUGAGGCAGGAUCCGGGGACUGAUGGGGCAGUGACAGUCACUCCAGGAUGCCGCACUGCUCCGGCCGCUGACAUCACAUUGCAGUGUGCAGCAUCCAGCUCUGCUAUAGGGGACGACCGCACCACUAAUCGCCAUGGCCAGUGCCAGGAGCAUCGAGCUGGAACACUUCGAGGAAAGGAAGAAGCAGCAGAGGCAACCCCGAAAAGGUGGGGGGGCUCCGGGCAAUGGCUCAGGACCCCGGGGCAAUGGACUGAUCCCCAGCCCGGCACAUAGCGCCCACUGCAGCUUCUACCGCACCCGUACCCUGCAGGCACUCAGCUCUGAGAGGAAGGCCAAGAAGGUGCGAUUCUACCGCAAUGGGGACCGCUACUUCAAGGGGCUGCCCUAUGCCGUGUCCGCCGAGCGCUUCAGGUCCUUGGAUGCCCUGCUGAUAGAGCUCACCCGCUCCUUGAGCGACAAUGUUAGCCUCCCGCAGGGGGUGCGCUGCAUCUACACGCUGGAUGGAACCAAGAAGAUCACCAGCCUGGAAGAGCUGCAGGAAGGAGAAAGCUACGUUUGUGCUUCAAAUGAAUCAUAUCGAAAGGUAGACUACAACCGAAACAUCAGUCCCAACUGGUCUGUUAAUGUAAGGACUGGCUCUGGCCGAUCGUUAUCCUCCUUAAUUUCACUUAAGAAUGAAAUGAAAGAAAGCAAGGACUUCAUUAAACCCAAGCUUGUGACCGUCAUCCGGAGUGGAGUAAAGCCGCGCAAGGCUGUGCGCAUCCUUCUAAAUAAAAAAACUGCACACUCCUUUGAGCAAGUCUUAGCAGACAUUACGGAUGCUAUAAAGUUGGAUUCGGGUGUUGUCAAGAGGCUAUGUACUCUAGAUGGAAAGCAGAUUACAUGUCUUCAAGACUUCUUUGGUGAUGAUGAUGUCUUUAUAGCCUGUGGACCAGAAAAAUACCGCUAUGCCCAGGACGACUUUGUUCUGGACCACGGUGAAUGUCGUGUUAUGAAAACUUCAUAUUCCCGCUCCCAGAGACAUAUAGGUUCUAGGAGUCCAGGGAGUUCGCGUCGCAGCAAAUCUCCAGGAGCAGUAAGGAGGACUGGCUACUACUCCAGUGCCUAUUCCACAGCAAGGUCCCCAGUGAAUGGAACUCCAAGUAGCCAGCUGUCCACACCAAAAUCUACAAAAUCAUCAUGCUCAUCGCCAACAAGUCCAGGAAGUUACCGAGGUCUAAAGAUUUCGCCGCAUUCAGGAUCAACUUCUAAUGUGAAUGGUCUUCCUGAUGCUCCUAAUAGUCCUGAAGGACUUAACGGAAAUAGGUAUCUUGAUGCUUCCAUAAUCCUGGAGAAAUAUAAAAUAGGGAAAGUGAUUGGAGAUGGCAACUUUGCUGUUGUGAAAGAAUGUGUUGAAAGAUCUACAGGAAAAGAAUAUGCAUUGAAAAUCAUAGACAAGGCAAAGUGCUGUGGAAAGGAGCAUUUGAUUGAGAAUGAGGUGUCAAUACUGCGCCAAGUUAAACAUCCCAAUAUUAUUAUGCUCAUAGAGGAGAUGGACACUACGACAGAACUGUAUCUGGUGAUGGAAUUAGUUAAGGGUGGAGACUUGUUUGACGCAAUCACGUCCUCGACAAAGUAUACAGAACGAGACGCCAGUGCAAUGAUAUAUAAUCUUGCUAGCGCAAUGAAGUAUCUUCACAGCCUUCACAUAGUUCAUCGGGAUAUUAAACCUGAAAACCUUCUGGUUUGUGAAUAUCCUGAUAAAACUAAAUCAUUGAAGCUUGGAGACUUUGGAUUGGCCACAAUAGUGGAUGGGCCGCUGUACACUGUCUGCGGUACACCAACUUAUGUUGCUCCAGAAAUAAUUGCAGAGACUGGAUAUGGUUUAAAAGUUGAUAUAUGGGCUGCUGGUGUGAUCACAUACAUCUUACUCUGUGGAUUCCCACCUUUCAGAAGUGAUAAUAAUCUACAGGAGGAUCUUUUUGAUCAGAUUCUGAUUGGGAAGCUGGAAUUCCCCUCUCCGUACUGGGAUAACAUUACAGACUCUGCGAAGGAGCUGAUCAGUUGUAUGUUGCAAGUAAAUGUAGAAGACAGGUUCACAGCAGAUCAGAUCUUGUCUCACCCCUGGGUGUCUGAUGAUGCCUCUCUGGGGAAUAAUAUGCAGGUUGAGGUUACAGGUAAAUUAAAACAGCAUUUUAACUCCUUACCCAAGGGUAAUAACACUACAGCGGCCGUGUCUGUGAUCAUGAACACAGCUCUUGAUAAACAAGGGCAGAUUGUUUGCAGUAAACGCUGUAAUGACAAUGGUACCACUGACCAGGAGAAAACCAGCAUGGUGACAGCAUUGGGUGAUGACCUUCACCUGGAUUUGGAGUCUACCAAAUUGAUGUGAUGGAUUAAAGCCUGGAGCAGAUUACUGUCUGCUGGGCAGUGGGAUUACUAACCAUAAGGAUCAUUGAUGACCAAACCCAGUGGGCGAUAGCUCUUCUUAUCACAACAUGUUUGUUUUAUUUUUGGGGGGAAACACUUCAUUACAAUCAAUAAAGGACCUCACUAGAGUGUUAGGGUUGGACUGGGGAAAUCCCUACUUUAAAGAACGCAUUAGUUGGGCAGUUUCUAAAAGGAAUAGCUUUGAGUAUUGGUUAGUUACAUAUGUGGAAGUGCUGGUCAAAAGGCUACUGCCUUCUUUACACUAUUGAGAUUUUCCAGAAGAAGAUCUCUACAGCACAUCCUAAUUUUAGCAUUGACGAUAGUAGUUCCUUUUUUGGAGGGGGGAGCUCAGGGGGAUUCUUUUCUCUAUAGUUUUAGUAUUUUUAAGAACUCAUAAAAUCAGAGUUUGUAUUCUAAAAGUACAGUACUACAAUGUAAUGGGCUAAGGUUUACCAUCCUGUAGUAUUCAAGAAUGUUGGUGAAAAGUGUACAUGCUUUUAACAAGGGGGUAUUUAUUUGAAGACCUGUUCUUCCAUUGACUGCUGUGUGACUACUUUGUUUGGAUCUUACAACUAUUUAUGUAAAAUAACUUGCUAAUAAUUCUGAUACACGAUGGAAUGUAGAAAUUGCUGCAUGUCACAACAACCAGGAACAAAACCUGAUCUCAGCAAAAAGAAGCGCAACUAAAUAACAUUUUCUCUAAUACUGUUUAAUAUCCAGAUAAAAAGCCGGAAUGUGCAGUUAGGGUUUGAUCUGAUACCAUUCAUAGUCAUACAGGAUAGAACAUUCUUGCAUUAAGCAUACAUAAGCAUAGAGUUAUGCUUUUUAGCAAGACUUUCAUAUUGUGCACUCACUGCUUAACAAUACAUCAACACAAUACCAAUAUGUACUGCAAAUAGAGUCCGUACCUGGGGCAAUGCAUGGUUUGUUCUUGUUAUGCCACUAUUUACAUGGGGCCUUCUGUUAUUUUAAAUUAUCAUAGGAAUCUGACAAUCUCUACAAAUUAAAUAAAAAAAGACAAUCAUGGUUAAUGUGCCCACUCAUGUUACGAUGACCUAGAAAGGAUGCAAAAUAUGUUUAAAUAUGUAGAGUGUGCUGGAAACCACAAUGACUUUCAGUAAAAAAAAUGGAGAUGGAUAUUAUCUGUUUUCUUGGUAAAUGCAAUGGGAUCAUCAAAGACAUAACUGUCAAAGGAGUACAUGCCAUAAAUUUAGGCAACGCAACUACUACAGGGCCCCUGGAGAGAGUGGACUUAGGUUUGGUUGAUCCGACAAGAGCAGAUUAGGAUUAAACAGAAAGGCCAGGAAACUGGAGCGAAACAAACACAAUAGUGUGGAUACUAUACAAAAAUUGUCUCUGAAGCUGUCCAUACAAGAUAUUGUCACAGGUGUGUUCACGGUUUUAUUAUGGCAGUACUCUCCCUUUAAUUGGAGGCCAUUGUUUGAUUCUUACUGUAUUUGAAAUAUACAACCAAGAACUGUGGUGUAAACUGUGAUUUAUAAUCAUGUUACAUCCAAAAAAGGACAUUAAACUUUCUAUACAACCUGUGUGUAUUUCUGUAGCAACACCGCUCCUUUCUCCAUGGUUUAAUAAGAAAAUGGCUGAGGAAAAAAUAAAUGGUCAUUGUGUGACAAUUAAACAUAUGGCCCUGUUUUCUACAGCAGGGAACAUGCAGUUCUAUAGAUGACGCAUUUGGGCUCAUCACCUGUUUUUAAUAGGUAGGUGUUGUUGAGGUCCAUGUAUGUACCUUAAAUUAUUCUACAAAAGAUAUAUUGUCUUAAAAUGUCUCCACUAUAAAAGAUUAUGUAAAUUGCAUUUUACAAGACACAUCCUGCUGCCUAACAGUAAAACAAAAAAAAUGUAUUUAGUUGGUUAAAAGACAUACCAGAAACAUUAGCCCCAUAAGAUAAGCCAAGCCUUUUAAGUACAGCCACUGUCUGUAAUAAUUUCUAAUAGGAGCGCCGGGAGCAGUAAUAUCACCUGAAGAUUCUCCAUAUGAAUGUUCUAGUUUAGUCUUUGGUUAUUUUAGGCAGCAUUUUUCAGGUGCACAGGUACAUUUUCACAAGGUCCUAUGUGUUCAUGUAUUUGCUGCUCAUUUUUCCAGAAAUCAUGUUUUAGAACCUCUCAGUAUAUGGCUUUCAUUUUGUACUAGAGAUGUAAAAUAUUUCCAAUAAACAUCCUCUUCAUGGAA